AAUAAUAUAUAUGUUGAUAACGUUGUGAGUGGAACAAACACCGAGACGGAAGCACUGUCAUACUACAACGAAGCCAAUCAACUGAUGCAAUCCGCGGGUUUCAAAUUACGCUCAUGGUCGUCAAAUUGUGACUCUGUACGCUCUCUUUCGGACACUGACGAUAGUCUAAACCCGGAUAGUAAUGUAAAUGUUCUUGGAAUUCGCUGGAUAACCGACUCAGACGAACUAACUUAUCCUGAGAAAACUAUCAGCCUUCAGGACAAUAUCAUCACCAAACGCACAGUUGUACGAACUGCCGCAUGCUUAUACGACCCGAUUGGCUAUCUUUCGCCAGUUCAUAUUAGAGCGAAAUUGUUCAUCCAAGAAUUAUGGAAAGAGAAAGUAAAUUGGGACGACACACUUAGUGAAGAUAUGAAUCGGAAAUGGAGUGGCAUUGUCAGUGAUCUCAACGCAGCCACCAACACCAAGCUAAAGCGUUUAUAUUUUCCCAAAUCCGAUGAACAGUGUACAAAUAAUGAAUAUCAACUGCACGUAUUCGCGGACGCCAGCGACAAAGCAUAUGGAGCUGCCGUAUAUUUACGCCGUAACGACCAAACAGCGCUAGUGAUAGCCAAGACACGCGUCGCGCCACUGAAACCAGAAGUAUCGCUUCCCCGCUUAGAAUUAAUGGCUUCACUAAUCGGAGCCCGUCUUAUGAAUUUUGUGUUAGAAGCAUUCAAAUCCCGGCUUUCAUUCGCCAAGUGUGUAUUAUGGUCAGACAGCCAGAUUGUUAUCCACUGGCUAAAUAGCAACAAGAGAUUGCCUGUCUUUAUUGCUAAUCGUGUUAAAGAAAUUAAGGAACUACUACGUUGUGCUACCAUAAAGUAUUGCCCAAUCCGUGACAACCCAGCCGAUCUACUAACGCGUGGCAUAUCUACCCAUAAGUUACAGACUUCUGAUAUUUGGUGGAACGGACCUCACUGGCUUCAACAAGGUGACUGGCCUGUAUGUGAUUUAUUUGACAACGCAAUGAAUCACGUGUCAGUUACCAAUAACGCACAUACCGGUAACGAAAACACGGAAACCACGCCUGAAAACGCCCAAACAGCCCCAACUAUAGGCAUUCAACACAUUGUCGAUGCAGGCAGGUUUGGAUCUCUCGAUAAGCUGUUAUGUGUCACUGCGCUAGUACUUCGUUUCAUUACUCGGCUAAAACGACAAAAUCCACGCAACGCCGGAACACCCGACGCAGAUGAAAUAAAAGAAGCCGAGAAACUAUGGAUCCACGACAUCCAACUUGAGAAAUACUACACUGAGAUUCAAUCAUUUCAACCAUGUUUCAACGAGAAGGAAGAAAACUGGGCCCUUUGGUGA